AUAUAUAUUUUUUGUCCAAAAAAAAUAUAAAAACACCCAUAACGCCAAAAACAACAAAAACCACCUUCUUCGUCGGUUUCUUCUUCCCAAUUCCGGCGAGAAAAACAAGAGGGGGGUGGUUAUCUUCAUCGCCGACGCCGACGACAUCGUUUUCGUUCAUUUUUGAUUAAUAAUAAUAAUAGUAAAAAUGGGUCGGAGAAGAGGUUCGGCGGUGAACAAAAUGUUUAUUUGGGUUCGUAAACAGUCGAUGAAAGUGAAGAUAUUUUUAGGGGUUGCAUGUUUUAUGUCAUCUCUGCUUGGUCUUAGAUUUCUUGUUAAAGAUAUCAACCAGUUUUUUGUUGCAUCCGAGUUUGUUCAUGCAGCUGGUAUCCUUGUUCUUAUCUACAAACUUACCACCCAAAAUACAUGCUCUGGCCUUUCCUUACAGACACAAGAACUCACAGCUAUUUUUUUAGCUGUAAGAUUGUGUUGUAGCUUUAUGAUGGAACAUGACAUUCACACCAUUCUUGAUUUUGCUACAUUGGUGUCUACUCUUUGGGUCAUCUACAUGAUCCGAUUUAAGCUGAAGGCAACUUACAAUGAAGAUCUGGACGAUGUGCCCAAAUAUUAUCUAAUUGUGCCCUGUGCUAUACUUUCUUUGUUCAUUUACCCACAUACAUAUCAUUCUCAUCUGAGCAAAAUUUCGUGGGCAUUCUGUGUGUAUUUGGAAUCAAUUUCAGUACUUCCUCAGCUAAGUAUGAUGCAGAAAACAAAGAUGAUUGAACCAUCUACGGCACAUUAUGUCUUUGCACUUGGGGUUGCAAGGUUUUUGGGAUGUGCUCACUGGAUCAUCCAGGUUUAUGAAUCUGCUGGAGCGUAUCUGUUCUUACUAGGAAGUGGCUACUUUUGGCUGCCAAUGGUGUUGCUCGCAGAGGCGGUUCAAACAUUCAUCCUGGCUGAUUUUUGUUAUUACUAUGUUAAAAGUGUGGUGAAUGGUCAACUUCUAGUAAGCCUGCCACCGGUUUAAAAGAGGUUGGCAUGAACACAAGUGAAGUCUAAACUUCAUGGGUCAGAAAUGUACAAUUAGAUUUAGAAGUUUUUAAUGGGUGUUUCUAAACUUAAAGAUCCAGGUUGCAUGCAGUCAACUCAGGGAAGUCUAUCCUAUAAACUUGUUUUCGAUUUUGAAUGUUUUUCAAUAUUUAGGGCGACUUCUGUAAAGAUUAAACGUUGUAAUGCUAAACUUUGAAUUUGAUGUCA